ACCGCGUUUUCCUCACGCCUGCUCUUUCAGUAAACAUGGCGUCCGUGAUGCCGGCUGAAGCGUGUGCGGCCGCAAACUCGCCGUUUCGUUCUCCGAAGAAGCUGUACACUAAAUGUGACAAAAAGUGGCUAUCAAAACAGACCAAGCAAGUUAUCUGCAACGUCUACGCUGGAGUGAGGCGCCGUCAGCCUGACUUGUCUACAAAUGCAGUGUGCCAGACUGUCGCCGAGCUCACCGGAGUGAGCGAGCGAACAGUUAAGCGGGUCAAGGCUGAAGCUCUGCGGGCCCCACUUGCCUCCCCAAAGCGCAAGAAAUUGACUUUCUCGGGCCAAGCUGAGAAGCGCAUCACUGGAAAGACGCGGCUCCUACGCUAUGACACGUUUGCGUUGGCAGCACUGCGUCGCAAAGUGCACAGCUACUUCAUGCGCAAUGAAAUACCUACGGCAGAGAAGCUACGCAACGACGUGAUCAGCGACCCUGACAUGGACAUGCCGACCAUCAGCACUCGUACGAUCCAAAGAAUGCUGAACGACUUGGGGUUCGCCUUCCGGAAAAGAACAAGGAAUUCCGCGUUGCUAGAGAGAGACGAUAUCGUUGCUUGGCGUCGAAAGUACCUCCGCACCAUCCGAGAAAUGCGGAGGCAGCGACGGACCAUCUACUACCUUGAUGAGACCUGGGUAAAUGCCGGCCAUACAAAGGGGAGAGUUUGGACAGACACCAGCGUGAUGACUCGGCAAGACGCAUUUCGUCAAGGGCUCUCAACUGGCCUCCGUGCACCGAGCGGUAAAGGAGGACGCCUAAUCGUUUUGCAUGCUGGAAGUGCAGAAGGCUUUGUUGAUGGAGCCGCCCUAGUUUUCCGUGCCAAGAAGGGCGCUGGUGAUUACCACACAGAAAUGGAUGCUUCGCGUUUCCAGAAAUGGUUUGUUGAACAGCUGCUACCUAACAUCAAGCCACACAGUGUGAUCGUGAUGGAUAAUGCGCCAUAUCACAGUGCUCAGGUUGAAAAGCUACCAAGCUCAUCAUCCAGAAAAGCGGAAAUCCAGUCCUGGUUGAUAUCGAAAAAUAUUCCUUUUUCGGAUGACCAACUGAAAAGUGAACUGCUGCAGCUCGUUGAGCAGAAUAAGCAUCUUUUCCUUGCUUACCAGGUUGACAAACUUGCCAGUGCUGCCGGGCAUGAGGUUGUGCGCUUGCCUCCUUACCACUGUGAGCUAAAUCCUAUAGAGCUUGUAUGGAGCCAAGUCAAAGGCUAUGUUGCUUCAAGGAACACAGACUUCAAGAUUGAAUCUGUCGAGAAGCUGCUGCAGGAAGGAAUCGCAAGUGUGACCCAACAGAACUGGCUCCAUGACUGCACUCACGUGAUGAGGCUUGAGGAUGAGGCAUGGGAGCGUGAUGGCAUUAUAGACAGCCAAACAGACAGUCUCAUCAUUCUUUAUCUCGACCUCUGA